GACGAGUGCCUAGAUGCCGCUGAUCGGCUGGGCGAGCUCCUUGCGCCCGUGUUGGCUGCGCCCGCGCGGGGUGGAGUUGCGGGCGUUGGACAGCUUGGGACGGCAGUCCGUGGGCUGCGCCGGUUUUUGCGCGCAGGGACUGCAGUCGACUUGAUCGGCGCAACCACUGUGGUGGUGCGCGAGCUUCAUCGCUCGUUGACGGGUCUUCUCGCCGUCCUUGACGCGGAUCAGAUGUAG